AUGUUGUCCGAGGACUUCUACUCGUCCAUCUGCGGCCCGCCCAUCAAGGCAAAUACAGCCGUCUCCAAGGAUGUCGGCAUCUACGCCCACACUCUCAGCCCCAGCUACACCGUCAAGUCGACGCUCAAGAGAAGCGCAACCCCGGCCAACUGCCUGGCUGUUAGUGACUCGCACGUCUUCGCCGCCCAGCACGAAAAGUCCCAGGUCCAUGUUUACACGAGGUCGCGCGGCAUCCAAGAAACAACGGUCACCUUCCCUGAGCGCAUCCGCAGCUUGGCACUGAUCGGCGAUGUCUUGGCGUUGGGUACCUCUGAAGGCAGACUCAUCUUGUGGGAGACCUGCACUGGUCGCCAGCUAAUCACACCCCCGUGCCAUGUCCAGGCCGUUUCGUGCCUGGCCGUCACGCCUCACCACAUCCUCACCGGCUCCGAAGAUUCCAACAUCCACGUCUGGACGUUGUCCCGUCUCUUGGAGCUGAACGCCUCCAUCGACCCCGAGCCGGACCGCACCCUCUCCAACCACCGGGCUGCCGUCACCUCGCUCGCCGUCAGCCCCAGUGUCAAUCCCGAAACCAGCAUCUGCGCCUCGUCCAGCAAAGACAAGACAUGCAUCAUCUGGAACUACCAGACGGGCCAAGUCCUGCGCACCUUGUUGUUCCCGACGGCUCCGCUCUGCAUUUCCAUGGAUCCCUGCGCUCGCGCCCUCUUCGUUUCAUCCGAGGACAAGUCCCUCUACCUCGUAGAGCUGCUCGGGGACAAGCCACUGAUUGGCCCAAGCAGCGCUGAAUCGUCGUCGACCGUCGUUCAGGUUAGCUCACCAAUUGGCGCCGCUGAUGAAGAUGCAGGCCCGGCCUUAUGUUUAGCAUUGAACUAUGAAGGCACCGCGGUUUUGUCCGGCCACACCAAAGGCAAGAUCCUACAAUGGCAAUUGACCGAGUGCGGCCAUCCUACAGAGUUGACGGACCUCAAUGCUUCCGUAACAAAUCUGGUCUUUCCGCCAUUGCUCCGAGCGCCCCGGUCCACAAAACCUACUGCAGUCAUCAAGCCCACCCAGGCUGAGCGGCAGUACGCAUUCACGUCUCAAAUAAACACGAGCCUCGGACAAGAGACGAGGUUCGGGACGAUGCUCGAUAGGUUCGGUUUGCCGAGCGAUCUGUUGGACUCCGCUAUUGUCGCAUUCGAAGACGCCCAGCCCCCAGCUAUCACGGACGACGACGACGACGACGACAGGACACAAAGGCAGACUGACGAGUUGUGGGAGAUAAUCAAUGAGCAAAGGAUGCUGCAGAAGCUGGCCAUGCAGCCAUGUGUCGAAGCCAAACCGUCACAUACCUGA